AUGGUGUUGAUUGAAGAGCAAGAGGAAUCAGAGAUGCAAGCUCCAGGGGAAGCCUUCCAUGAAGCCAACGAGGACGAGGGAUUGGAAGACCUGGAGCCAUUUCAAGGAUCCCCAGUGGAAAUGGAUGACCUGGAGUUCAGUUCAGAGUCUCCAACAUCUCCGGGUGCUCGCUUCCAGUUGGACGAGGCUCCGGAAGCUGAUGCGCCAGAGGUCACACACGGUGAAGAACUUCGUCAGGCUCUAUGGCACCUGGCCCAUGCGCAGAGAUCUCUGUCCUGCGUCUCUUCGGACAUCAGCAUCGAGAAUCUUGAGCGCUUGUAUGCCGUACGCCGGGCUCUGCAGGACGACUUGGAGAUCUCCACCUCGUGGACAGUCGAUGAUCGUUUGCAGGCAUUGCUGAAGUUGCACAGUCAGGCCUUAGAAGAUCGUCGACGAGCAGAAGAGAAGUGCGAAACCUUACAGCCUGAAGUUUUGAUGUUGAAGCGAAGCAUCAAUGAGAUCCUCCGUCGCAUGCCCUCGAAGGCCCCAAGUCUUCAUCCUCAAGGGGACCAGGAUGCAGAAGCUCAAUCCAGGUCUUCCCGUUUGCAGGCGGUGGAGCAGGCUAUGAAGCAGCGUGCUGUACAUGCGGAGAAGGCCAAAGAAAGACUUCUUACGGAGGACCAGCUACUUUCUGCCAAUCUAAACGUUGCCAAACAUGUGCUUAGGGAGGCAGUUCAGGAGGGUCAGCGCUUGGAAGACAUGCGCGAUGAAGCUGCCACGGAGGUCUUCCGGGCCUGCCGCGCGCUCGCUCAACUCUCUCACCUGGAGUUGCUGGGGAAACAGCAACCCAAGAGGUACCAAAAGGCCAAGGAACUUGAAAGUUUUCUGGCCAAGAGUGCUGCAGCCCCCUGGCGCCUCACUGCACUUCAUCAGCCCCCCCAGACGGGGUCCGCAGGGACAACCUCGGCCACUGUGGCCCUUCUGGAUCCUGAAGCCUACCGUUUGAAUCGCGAGAGCGCGACAGCGCAGGCAGACAAAGAUCUCGAAGCUGCUAUGGAGUUGCACUCUGUGACGCGAGACGAGCUCAAACGGGAAUACCAGGAGGAGGUUCACCGGCAGAAGGAGGCAGAGCACACCUUCGCAGCGGAGCUGCAGAGCCUGAAAGAGCGCCUGCAGCAACGGCGAAACGGGGUUGACUCGGCGAUGGCCUCACAUUUGGCUGAGAAGGAACGUCGCCUACAAGAGGCGCAGCGUCAACUCACCCUGGAACUUCGACAGAUUGAGACCGAGGAACGAAGCAAUCAGGAAGCGUUGAGACAAGAAGUAAUUCGAGCUAAAAAGCGAUUAGAGCAAGCCUCCGCCACCGCGAAACAACAGUUGGACCUUCACCUGGCAAGAGUGAAAGCUGAUUGCCGAGAGUUGCUUCGUGGCACAGCUAUCCAAUGGGAAAAGGCUGUCUUGCAGGAGCGGAAGGCUCUCAAGGAGGCACAAGCGCGGCGCGAAAAAUGGCAGAAGCGGGUGGAUGCUUCUCGCAAUGCCUUCCGGGGACACUGCGCGAAGACCGGUGUGUACGCUCGGAGCAUGGAUGCCAGUCGCCGAGCCAUUUUGGACUGCCUGGUGCCACGAGCGAAGGUGGGUGACCUGUCUGAUCCAAACGGCUAG